UGGUCAGGUCAGACUUUCAGAGCAUAGUAAUCCCCUUAGCUGCAGCAACAUCUCACUUUGUGUUCUCAGCAACUCAGCCUAUGAGAAUCCUGGAAAAUGAUGACCAAGUAUUUCCUCCUUGUUUUAGUUUCUCAGUUUUAUUUUUGCAAAUGCGUUUUGACAGCAUGUGGCAGACCACCAGAGGUCAACAAUGCGAAUGUCAUGAGUGGAAAAACAGUGUAUGAACCUGGAGAAGAGGCAGCAUAUUUCUGUCGACCUGGGUACAUAGGGCAAGGUUUCAAUAAGUUGGUGUGUCCAAAGGGUGGAGUUUGGGAAAGACCCAGAAUCAAGUGUGUGCCAAGAUCUUGUCAUGUGCCAAAACUGCUGGAAAAUGGAGAGAUGCAUGCAACGGAAUUAACAUUUGGGAAACAAGUCUACUACAGCUGCAAUGUAGGGUACAUGCUUAGAGGAUUAAACCACAGCACCUGUUUGCAUGAUGGGACAUGGAGUGAUCAGCAUCAAUUCUGUGAACCUGUGCAAUGUCCACCCCCAAAUCCACCAGAAAAUGGAACAGUGCGUUUUCAAACCACAGGCCAUCCGACCAAGGUGUCUGUCUUUGGAGAUAUGAUUAUCUACGCGUGCAAAGAACGUUUGGCUUUAAUUGGAAAUGAAACAGGCUUUUGCUUGGCCAAUGGAAAAUGGACAAAUGCACCUCAGUGCAAAGAAGUGAAAUGCGGAAUGCCACCAAAAAUAGUAAAUGGAUUUAUGGUAUUUGCAAUCAAAAGAAGAUAUAACUACAGGGAGACUGUUGAUUAUGGCUGUGUUGAAAAUUACAUUUUGGAUGGUUCGAUGACAAUCACAUGUGAGAAGACAGGAAACUGGACUGAAAAGCCCACGUGCCGAGCUCCAUGUAUUCUACCUGUGCAGAGAGCGCGUAUAUUCUAUAAUGGAAGAAAGAUCUGGAUGGGUGAACUUCCAAACAGGAGAAUAUUACACAAAGAAAGAGUGUAUUUUUACUGCAAAGACAAAGAACGAAACUGUGGAUUACCAGUUCCAACUCAGUGUAUAGAUAGCAAAAUUGAAAUUCCUUCAUGCUUUCAAGAACCUUCAAAAUUCACUUAUGCAGUUGCUUAUGGAUCACUUCCAUCAGAAAUUAAACAGUGUUAAUGUUGGAACAAUAGUCAUUCCAGCCAGCAAAAUAUCAUUUACGCUGAAAUAUGAACAAAACUUUGUAAAGUGGUCACAAAUCUUGAUUAGUAACAUUGUUACCAGUAUUAAGUAAACAUACAUUUGUAGCACCUAACGAUUUUGGAAAAGCUAUUACUGAUUUCUUUUCAGACAUCACCAGAUGUGUCAGAUGUAGUAUAACACUGCUCAUAAUCAACAGAUGGUGUCAACAUUAAUUUUAAACAGCAUGUAAUUAAUGACAAUAUCCAAAUGAUAUUACUUUUAUUUAUUCCUGUAAUGACAUCAAAUCACUUUGGUUGACAUAUGA